GAGAUGGCGAGUGGUAGUUCUUCGAUUUGUGGGAUUGGGCACCUUCAAAAAGAAUGUUACUAUGAGUGGAUGCGUACACAAUCCAAACACAUCGUUGAUCUCAAAGAAGUGCUCAUGAGCCAACGAUCCAACGCCUACGAUCAUCACAAACUUGAAGAACUCGUUGGUAGAAUCGUCAACGACUUCCAAAACUACGCCGACAAACGAUCCGAGCUGGCCGACCGAAGCUGCUCUAGCUACUUUGCACCAUCGUGGAACUCUUCUCUAGAGAAUGGUCUUCUAUGGAUGGGAGGGUGUCGUCCUUCAUCGUUCAUGAGAAUCAUAUACGCUCUAUGUGGUUCCCAUGCAGAAACUCAGCUUUCUCAGUAUCUCCUCAAGAUGGAUGGAGAAGUCGUUGAUGGGCAUGACGGUGAUAGUUCCAUGAGCGAACUAAACGCGACGCAGCUUGCGAAAAUCAAUGACUUGCAUGUGGAGGUGAUAGAUAAAGAAGAUAAGUUAUCGAAGCUUUCCGCGAAUAUGCAAGAGGAUGUUGCUGAUAUGCCAAUAGCCGUCACGGCUUUCUCGAGGGACUCGGUUGAAGCUGACGUGGCUGUUGAAGACGCUUUAGAUAAGCAUGAAGAGGGCAUGGCGGUUUUAAUAGCGGAUGCUGAUAAGCUGAGGCUAGAGACACUUAAGAAGAUCGUGGAGGUUUUGACGCCGGUUCAAGCGGCGGAGUUUUUGCUCUCCGGGAAAAGAUUACACGUCUCGUUGCACGAGUGGGGAAGAGUUAGAGAAGAGCGUCGUUUUGGGUGUGCACGUGCGGAGGAUGCUGCCGCUGCUAGAGGUGGAGCUGGAAAGUCGAAGAGAUCAGCCACUUGUUGAUGUAUAUAUGCGUGCGAGUCUUGUAAGGUUUAAUAUAUAAUCGUGUAAUAUUUUGGUCUAAGUAGACAUGAGAUCAUCUUAAGCAUCUUUAUAUAUUUAUCUUGUGCAAUAUUUUGGUCUAAGCAAGCAUGAGGUCAUCUUAAGCGUCUUUAUAUGAAAUGUUGUAUAAUAUUUUGGUCUAAGUAGACAUGAGAUCAUGUUAAGUGUCUUUAUGUGUGUGUGUG